AUGAUAUUAGGACUGGUUGAUGAGGGAGAAUCUCCAGAAACAGCAGCACUGAGAGAGCUGUAUGAAGAAACAGGAUACACUGCCAGUGUUAAGCAUGUAUCUCCAGCCUCCUGCCUUGAUCCUGGUAUAGGAAACACAACUGUUCAGCUUGUGUCUGUAGAGAUUGAUGGCAAUGAUGAGAAAAAUGUCAAUCCAAAGCAGAAAACAGAUGAGACAGAGUUUAUAGAAGUUGUUUUGAUACCACUUGAUGACCUCUUAGAAAGACUGGAUGAAUAUUCCAGAAAUGGACACAGUGUUGAUUCACGAGUUUAUUCAUAUGCAUUAGGCCUACAGCCAAGGAUAUCUUGAAUCUUUGUACUUAUUUAUUCAUAAUUAAGAAAUAAAUAUAUAUCUUUACCAACUGUUUAGU